AUGUCGCUAGAGGCGUCUUCCAAGAUUGACCCGGAAGAAGAUACCGUAUUUGAGGCGGAGUACUCGCCGGAGGAGGGAUCCCCCGCUGGCGCCGGCGAGGCGAAAGUCGUCAUGGAUGAACCCUCGCUGGAGCUUCUAUCCGGUAGCACGGUGGAUUACACCAUGGAGCUGAUCGGCAGCCAGUUCAAAAUUGUUGAUAACCCGCGGGCUACGAGUAACUGUGGCUGUGGAACCAGCUUCGAUGUUAAAGACUAG